AUGUCAAGGCCUCCAUCUGCAUCUGAGAAUCCCCCCUCGACUCCCCCGGUGACACCUGCUACUUCUGCCCAACAUGAUUGCUCUGAACGCCCGAGCUCUCUUCACGGCAAGCAGCGGCGCCACCGCGACGUCCGGGACCAGCUUGCUCAUAUCGAUCCUCAACACGUUCCCUCACCAUCCCGCGCUGAAUCCCCCACGGCUCGUCAGUGGGCCAACCCCUCGUCCAAAUCUACUCUAAAAAGAGCUACAACCGCUCCCUCGGACCCCAUCUCUCGUCCAGAGCUACACUAUACCGGCUAUAACAGCCCACAGCUGUCUGAACGAGACAGCAUUUUCGCAACACAUUAUUUGCCUUCUGAUAACGAAGCUGCCAAUUCGCCGCAACUUCCGCCCGUCGAAGUCGCCCAUCAUGACGCUCCUACAAACCUGACUUCCCAUUCGGACAGUGCGUCCUUUUCCUCCUCGUUCACUCCCAAGGUCCUUUCCUACCAGCAUCGCGGCGACGGCGCCUCCAUGGAAGUUGAAGUUCAGAGAACCCAACCGCUGCGCUCCGCCCCGCUCCUUCCCUCCAACCCUCCUUUCGCGUUAUCGCCCAACGACCAGGAUGUGACGCUGGACGAGGGGCUUGACUUCGCCGCUAGGGGGGCGCCGAAACAUACUUGGGACAGCAAUGCGCCCUACCGCAAAUCAUCUUUACACCUCGCGGGUGUCGGUGCUGGUGCGCCACAGACGUCCCACCGAGGUCUUCACCCUUCGCCGCUGCUUGACGAUUCCUCCUGGUCACCGCAAUUGAUGGUAACCCCCUCCGACAGCCGACUGAAGGGCGCCGCUAGCUCUCAUCAAAAACAAGGACAGCCGUCCAGGGAUAACACAGAGGAAAACAAACUAGAGCGGAGUCCCAGUCGCGGUCGGCGUGGAAGGGUAGAAAACUCGAUCGAAGCCAAUAUAGCAAACGCCGAACAUGCUCCUUAUGUCCGCAGCCGUAAAUCGAGUCACUACCUUGGGUUAUUCAAGGAGAACACAGCCACGUCCCCGGAUCGCAAGCGAAGAGAUGAUCGUGCUGCAAGGCAUGAUAACGCCCUUGAGGUGCAUGACCAAGACCAGCAAGGGCUCCAUGCGGACCAUCGUCACCCCCGGGAUGACCGGCAUGGAGCUGACAUUCCCGAGCAAGCGGAUGCUCAGGUUUCGAAACGUUUGUCGCAGCUUUCGCUUGCAAACAUCCCGAUGAUCAAGCCAUUCGCGGGUGGCGAGUUGCACGGCGAUCACACGAUCGAACAUGUCCCUGCCAAACUCGAGACUCGAAAAUUACCUCGGAGUCUUCUAGAGGAGAUUCGAAACUUCCACCUUACUCCAGGAGGGGGGCGGGGAACUUCUUUUUCCAGAAGUAUACCCACUCAAUAUUCAGAAAGGGCCCGGGCUUUUGUUCAUACGGCCUCCCCCUUUUCCGACACAGACCAAGAGAACCGCGUCGGCUCGGCUCCUGUUGAUGAAGAGGAUGACGAGCAGAUCUCCUCCGCAGUAUAUUUCCCGCAUGAGCGCGUGGCAGUUUCCGAUGAGGUCGAUCCCCUUCAUUCUAUUGCAGAAGAUUCGCAUGAUUUGCAGCCAUAUGAUGAGUCGGCAACGGAGAGUAGCCUCGUGCUAAAGCCGGAAAGACGGACUGCCCCGGAUGAGCCUGAAACUAAUCAUGUGGAUAUUUCCCUUCGAUCUAAAAAUGACAGUAGAAUUCUGCACGGCGAUCUUCAGGACAGGAAGACUCCAAUAGAAGAGCUAAAUGAGAAGUCCCUUGAUUCUAUGCUGCAGCGCCAGACUGAGUAUUCCACUGAAGAUUCCGAAGCAUUCUCCGCAGAUGACAGCGGAACGUCCGUCCGGGAUGAGGAGUCUAGCGUGACCGAUGAGGCUGAGGUAACACCAACGGCCACCCCCACGCAACGCCCACAUAUUCCUCGGCCUCGGCGCAAGCAAGGCGCAGUAACGCCAGUCGGGGCCGUGGAACUGAAACCAUAUCGGCAUCAGGUUGGCGGCCACACAACAGUGUUUCGGUUUUCCAGACGCGCUGUGUGUAAACAGCUCAACAACAGAGAGAACGAGUUUUAUGAGCGCAUCGAACGCAGACAUCCAGAGAUGUUGAUGUUCCUUCCAAGGUACAUUGGUGUCUUGAACGUCACCUUCUCCAAAAAGAAAUCAAAGAAAGCUUCGGAGACUCAGCCUGGACAAUCAGAUAUUGAAGCUACUGAUGAACCGCAAAUCGUCAAGCAGACCGUGGCAACGUCAGGGAACAGUUUGCACCAAGCCGCGAAUCCUGUAGAGAAAGAGCGCAUUUUCAGCCAGAAGCAAGUCACUGGUAUUGUUCCUAAGGUGAUACUCGAGAACAACCGUCAUAUUAUCCCGGUCGAUUUGUUCUCCCAGAAAAGACCUCGCACGGCAGACGCUGCAGUAUCCUGUGGACACCUAUUCACAAACGGGACAGCGUUGACGAACGGGCGGAGGCAUGAACAUAGCUCGUUGGACGAGAAGCUUUCUCCGUCACCGGUCAAGAAAACUUGGGGCGCUACUACUGUCAAUCGGAAACUGCAGGAGCAGGUGCUCAGAGAGGUAUUCAGUCCACCCGCUAUUCAUCACCAUCGGCGUAAUGCACGAGGGCUUCUCACUCUGCCAAGAACGACGUCUGAUGGUCAUCGUCGGAGCGCGAACCUUUCCGAAGGCCUAAUUCCUCGCCAGCCUCGCAUUAUGGAACAGGUGGAAUCACCACGGAGCCCUGCGAUUGACAUUGUGAAGAAAAGCGGCGAUGGCCCUGCUCUAUCAUCAUCCGCCUCCACGGCCCUUGAUGCUUCCCAGCAGCAUCUCGAUUCGGUAAGGUCGGAGGAGGCUGUCCCACGCUCUAGCUCAGUGUCGCGAACUAGGACCGUUCGACGCCGACACUCUGGAAGUGGCCUGCAAAGGCGGGGUACUCUGGACUCUGACAAGGGCGGCGGGGACCUCAUUUUCUUUGAGGAUGAGGGAUACGGUGGCGAUAAAGAGGAUGAGAUCUUUUCAAUGGAAAGUGAUGCGCCGACAUCUUCGACCGCGCCUAAUGAAGCAAGGCUCUCGAGCUCUAGCCCGUCUAAAACUACUAAUUUUGCGCUUCGAGAUAGGUGGACUUCUGGCCCUCCUGUCGCUGAACCUCUGAAAAGCCCUGUUUUCCCUGGCUUCAGUGACAACACAAACACACAGCCCCCAGCCAACCCAAAGGAAGCGCAAACAAGGAAGGAUGACCGGGUGCAGUUCUUCCUGUUGCUGGAGGAUCUCACUGCCGGGAUGAACAAACCUUGCGUGCUUGACCUAAAGAUGGGCACUCGUCAGUAUGGCGUGGAAGCCGAUGAGAAAAAGAGGAAAUCCCAAAGGCGCAAGUGUCAGAACACGACCUCUCAGCAACUCGGUGUUCGUCUCUGCGGCAUGCAGACUUGGAAUGUCAAAAAGCAGGAAUACACUUUUGAGGACAAGUACUUCGGCCGCGAUCUCAAAUCAGGCCGUGAAUUCCAGGAUGCGUUGACUCGUUUCCUCUACGACGGGAUCAGCUACUUGAGCGUUGCCAAGAAGAUUCCUAUUAUCCUUGAUAAGCUGGCCAAGUUGGAGAAUAUGAUCCGGAAACUCAAGCGUUACCGCCUCUACGCCAGCAGCCUCCUGAUUCUCUACGAUGGCGAACAAACACCCCAACAACAAAAGCCCUCCCAAGCAGAGGCAGCCACUAAAGACAGCGUGAGAAAUCAUCUGCAACGCCGUACUUCUGAGGAUGGACAUAAUAACAUCGACGUUUCGUUGAAGAUCGUUGAUUUUGCCAAUUGUGUGACGGGUGAAGAUGAACUUUCACCCGAUACGCGUUGCCCUCCCCAACAUCCGGAUGAUAUUGAUCGUGGCUAUUUGCGCGGGCUUCGUACCCUGAGGAUGUACUUCCAACGGAUUCUGAAGGAGGUUAGCCAGGAUGAAUAUGUCGAGAGAGGCGAAGGUGAAGGCAUGACCCUUAACCCUCGAACAUCUGACGAUCGCAAUACGUCUGACCGGUCUUGGGAUGAAAGCGUUAUGGAUCACGAUCCGGGGGAGGUCAGCUUCUAG